GAACGAGGAGUUAGAAGAAUUUCUUUCAAAAAAAUAAAGAAAAAGAAAAGAGUGAAGCGCAGCAGCAGUCAGCAAAGCCAAACCCACCCACGCAUACGCGUACCUUCCUUCCAAGACAUCCAAAGCACAACCCUGAAGAAAAAGUAACAGUUUUUCUCUUUCUUUCCUCUUCCUCUCUGAUCAAUCUUCCCGAUACAAAAUUCAGGGAAGGGGAAAGAAAAAGUUGGAAUUCAAUCCCAUUCUUAACAGCCCAUUACGAGAAAAGAGAAACAAAUUCCCUCAAUUUGUCAUGACAGAAAUGAUGGAUGGCACCUCACCAACUCCCAAAGCCCCACCAAUAUCCGAAAUGUUCCAGAAAUUCGCCCUUGCUUUCAAGACCAAAACCUUCGAAUUCUUCGCUGAUGAGUCUGCCGCCGAGAACCCCUCCGACGUCGACGGUUUCUCCCUCCUCGACUCAGCCGAAGAUUUCAUUUCCGAUCAGAAAGUUAUUAUCCUCAAGCCUGAUCAACCCCUCUAUCAAAAUUCAAUGAGCUCUCCAACUCCACCGAGGGAGCCUCUACAAUUAUCUCACCAAUCUACGAUAAAUAAGCCUGCGGACCAGACCCAGAUCAAGGCUUUAAAUGCCCAGUCCGCUCAAAUGUUGAUUUCUUCCAUAUUUGCGACUGUUUCUUCAUUUGAAGCUUCGUACCUGCAGCUGCAGACUGCCCAUCUGCCUUUCAAUGAAGAGAGUAUAAAGGCGGCGGAUGAAGCUCUGGUUUCGCAUCUUCGGAGUUUAUCUGAUUUCAAGCAAUUCUAUAGGGAUUUUUGUAGGAAUCCUGACGUCGGGGUAGCUUUGCCUAUUGGGUCGUGCUUGGAAGCUCAAGUACAGGAAAAUCAAAGCAAGCUGAGAGUUCUGGGGAUUGCUUCGGACCAUUUACAAGCAGGAAUUGAUCGAAAGGAUAACGAGGUUUCGGCUUUAAGGAAGCAAUUGGUCGACUUACAAAAGUCUAAUUUCAAGUUGGCAAAUAGGUUAUCUGGUAAUUUGAAUUUGCCUUCAUCUUGUGAUGUUUUGUUGUCUGUUAGGGUUUUCGAUUCUGUGUUAAAUGAUGCUUGUAGGGCUACACAUAAAUUCACUAAGAUUUUGAUAGAUUUGAUGAGAAAAGCUGGGUGGGAUUUGGAUUUGGCAGCGAAUUCAGUUCAUGCUGAUAUUGAAUAUGCAAAAACAGGGCAUAAUCGCUAUGCUUUUCUCUCAUAUGUCUGUUUGGGCAUGUUUCGAGGUUUUGAUUUAAAGAAGUUUGGUUUGGAUGAGGGUGAUACUGAAAUCCUUUGUAAUGGGCAUGUUUCUGAUUCUGUUAAGACUCACAGUUCAUUGAAGCAGUUGCUUGAGCAUGUGUCUUGUAGUCCUGUGGAGUUGCUACAUAGGAAUCCCAACUGUGAAUUUUCAAAAUUUUGUGAAAAGAAGUAUCAAGAACUUGUUCAUCCAACAAUGGAAUCAUCAAUUUUCAGCAAUUUGGAUAAAAAUGAAGAAGUUUUGAAUUCAUGGAGGUCACUUCGUAUAUUCUAUGAGUCAUUUGUUAACAUGGCUAGUGCAGUAUGGAUGCUUCAUAAACUGGCGAUCUCAUUUGAUCCUGCUUUUGAGAUUUUCCAGGUGGAAAGAGGGGUUGAUUUUUCAAUGGUAUAUAUGGAAGAUAUAACUAGAAGAUGCAACUUGCCAGCUAAGACCCGGAUGAAGGUGGGGUUCACAGUAGUUCCAGGAUUUAAGAUUGGGAGAAUAGUUGUUCAGUCCCAGGUCUAUUUAUGCGGCUUGAAAUGUACAGAAUAGUUGUUCAUGGUUGUAUCAUCUAGGGAAUUAGGAGUUACACAGCCUAAGCAACAUAAUUUAUAUCUUGCUUUUGGUUUAAGACUCUGCGCCACAAUCAUUGUGAGUAAAUGACAGCAAUAUAGGAAUCCUUAAUGGGUGCCCCAGUUAAAUAUGGUGAGAAAGGAAUCCGAGAUAUAAAACACUUGGAGAAGCCAGCUCUUUUCUGCAUAAUUGUGCUAGGCACUUGGAGCAACUGUGGUAUACAGCUCUCAGUUACCUUGUGAUGUGUAGUUACACUUCCAUCUUGGUUGUGAAUUUACCUUUUCUUUUUGUCUUUCUUUUCCUUAUGGCCGGUGCUAUAUAAAAAUUGCUGUAGAGUUUUUGUGUUUUGCUUUUUUCCCUUAAAAGAUUUUGCUUGCAAGCUCCCUUCUAACAAAAAAAUACAUUACCAAACUGUGUAUCCAUAUAUUUGUUUUUUUCUCUUUUUUAAGUCUGGAAACUGUGUAUCCACAUUAGCUUCCUUUGGAUACAUAACAAUUCAACUUGGAAUAGAAACUUGUGCUUUAA